CUUCAGUGUUUUCAGUUUAUGUUUUUAUGCGGGAAAUCAGCGAUUGCAUUUGUUGAACUGUAUGAUUUCGCGAUUCGGUCCAUCAUUGCUGGACGAAUUCUCUAUUUCAAUUGUUAAAAUUCAUAUUGUCAGAUAAAAGCGCCGGAAAUGAGAUUAGGAUUAAGAGAUGAUCACGUUAUUCAACCCAAUCAGGAAGCCUCGGAUGACGAGGAAGAAGAGGAAGCGCAUGAAACGUCUAGCAUAGGAAGCACCUGUACGGAUAACACCUCGAACGGAAGCGAGACACACCCAACGCGGAAAAAGAGACGAAGACCGAAGAAGAAAAUUCCUAAGGUCAUCAAACCUUUGUAUAAGUUCUCAUGCUUUGUGAAGGAGGACCACGGACAACCACUUUUCGGGUGCCAAUUUAAUCAUAAUUUGAAGAAGGGAGAGUUGCCAGUGUUUGCCGCCGUUGGAAGUAAUCGGGUCACCAUAUACCAGUGCCAAGAAAACGGAGAUCUCAAAUUGAUGCAGUGCUAUUCGGAUCCAGAUGUAGAUGAGAUUUUUUACACCUGCGCAUGGUCGCACGAGAGCGAGACUGGCCGGCCAAUUCUAGCUGCAGCAGGUCUGCGUGGAGUCAUCCGGGUUUUCAGUCCGGCUUCCCUGAACAUAUACAAGCACUACAUUGGCCAUGGUCAUGCCAUCAACGAGGUGAAAUUCCACCCAAAGGAAUAUUACCUUCUUCUGUCGGCCAGCAAGGACCAUUCGCUACGGUUGUGGAACACAAAAACGGAUGUUUGUAUAGCGGUUUUUGGUGGAGUUGAAGGACAUCGCGACGAAGUGCUCAGUGCGGAUUUUGACAUUCUGGGAGGCCGAAUUAUGUCUUGUGGAAUGGAUCAUUCGCUGAAGAUGUGGCGUUUGGACACGGACACAAUGAAGGAUGCCAUUCGAGGCAGCUACACAUUCAACGCGAGCAAGGCUGUGUAUCGGUUUCCAUCGGUUAAUGAACAUUUCCCGGUUUUCUCGACCAGAGAUAUCCACCGCAACUAUGUGGAUUGCGUGAGAUGGAUGGGCGAUUAUAUCCUGUCGAAAUCGUGCGAGAAUUCAAUUGUUUGUUGGAAGCCAGGAAGGAUCGACGACGUGGAUAUCAAAAAUAACGAAACGACAACGACAGUGCUCAGUACCUUGGAGUACAAAGAGUGUGACAUUUGGUUCAUACGGUUUUCGCUGGAUUACUGGCAGAAGUAUUUGGCACUGGGAAAUCAAAAUGGAAAAACUUACAUUUGGGAGCUGGAUACAGACGAUCCGGUGCAUCCGAGGUGCAGCCAGCUGUACCACCCGAAGUGCACAACCGCAAUUCGACAAACGUCUUUUUCGAGGAACGGUGAUGUGCUGAUUUGCGUAUGUGACGAUGGAACGGUUUGGCGCUGGGAUAAAACCUCACAAUGUUGAGAUGAAAGCUUGCUUUCGUUCCAGAUAUAUCUAUUUUUCCAUAUGUGUAUUUAUUUUAUCCAACCAGCAUUUUACUGUAAUAGAUUCUAUGAAAAUAA